AUGCAGGAACAGCAAGUGCAGCAGCAGCAAAUGCGGCAGCAGCAAAUGCAGCAGCGGCAUCAACUACAACGGCAGCAGCUGCUGCAACAGCAGCUGCGCUGCACAAAUGAGCAUCUGAACACGUCAACCUGCAGCCACAGCAGCAGCAGCAGCAGCCACAGCAGCAGCAGCAGCAGCAGCAGCAGCGACAGCAGCAGCAGCAGCAGCCACAGCAGCAGCAGCAAUGGCAGCAGCAAGCUGACUGCAGUUCUGCUGGUCCUGGCGACCUCGCGGCCAAAAAGGAGGCCGUUGAUGAGGCUGGACUUUCCGCAGUUGGAGUGGCCCACAAAAGCAACCUGCAGCAGCAGCAGCAGCAGCAGCAGCAGCAGCAGCAGCAGCAGGGAAGGCAGCAAGUAG